AUGGUGGUGCCUUCCACAAAGCUUAAAUACAGUCAAUGGCCGUCUUUCCGCCAUAGAACCACGAAAAGCUCUGCUCUUUACGGAAACCCUAGAGAAAUAGAUCGAAAACCCAUCAUGAAAAACUUCUUUUUCCUUCUCUUCACCAUCCUGAUUUCGUCUUCUUAUGGUGAAGACGACGUGCUCUGUCUCAAAGGCUUGAAAAACUCACUCAUCGAUCCUUCAGGUCGACUCAGCAGCUGGGUUUUCCCCAAUUCUUCAUCUUCGUCGAUUUGCAAACUCACCGGAGUUUCUUGUUGGAACGCCAAGGAGAAUCGCAUUUUCUCGCUACAGCUUCAGUCGAUGCAACUCGCUGGUCAGAUUCCUGAAUCUCUCAAGCUAUGUCGGAGUUUACAAUCGCUGGAUCUCUCCGACAAUGAUUUCUCAGGUCCGAUUCCUUCCGAAAUCUGCUCUUGGCUUCCUUAUCUCGUCACUUUAGAUCUCUCCGGGAACAAACUCGGUGGCUCGAUACCGUCUCAGAUCGUGGAUUGUAAAUUCUUAAACAGCUUAGCUCUUAGUGAUAACAAGUUAACCGGUCCGAUUCCUUCUCAGUUAAGCCGGUUAGAUCGUCUCCGGCGACUUUCUCUAUCUAAAAACGAUCUCUCCGGUUCGAUUCCCUCCGAUCUUUCUCAUUUCGGAGAAGACGGGUUUCGCGGCAAUGGCGGACUUUGCGGGAAGCCGUUGUCGAAUUGCGGCUCGUUGAACGGUAAAAACGUAACGAUCAUUGUAAUCGCCGGAGUAAUUGGGGCUUUUGGAUCUUUGUGUGUUGGAUUUGCAAUGUUCUGGUGGUUCUUUCUUAGAGACGGUAGUAGGAGGAAAAAGAAUGGUUAUGGUGCUGGAAAAUCUAAGGAUGAUAGUGAUUGGAUUGGUUUGUUGAGAUCACAUAAGCUUGUUCAAGUAACUUUGUUUCAGAAACCAAUUGUUAAGAUCAAAUUGGUUGAUCUAAUUGUAGCUACGAAUAGUUUCGAUUCUGAGAAUGUCGUUGUUUCGUCAAAAACUGGAGUCUCAUACAAAGCUGAUUUACCUGAUGGGUCUGCACUUGAGGUUAAGAGGCUUAGUAUUGCUUGUGAGCUUAGUGAGAAGCAGUUUAGGUCUGAGAUGAAUAAGUUGGGUCAGAUUCGGCAUCCGAAUUUGGUUCCGCUUCUCGGGUUUUGUGUUGUGGAAGAGGAGAGAUUGUUGGUGUAUAAGCACAUGGCUAAUGGGACGUUGUAUUCUCAGUUGCAACAAUGUCCGGUUGGGUUGGAUUGGCCAGCUCGGGUUAGAAUCGGUGUUGGAGCGGCUAGAGGACUAGCUUGGUUGCACCAUAGAUGCCAACCGCCGUAUAUGCAUCAAUACAUUAGCUCAAACGUGAUUCUUCUAGACGAAGAUUUCGAUCCUCGUGUUAUAGAUUACGGUUUGGGGAAGCUAGUGAGUGCUCGUAAUUCUAACAAUAGCUCGUUUAGUAACAGCGAUUUAGGGGAGUUGGGUUACAUUGCGCCAGAGUAUUCGAGCACUAUGAUUGCUUCUUUGAGUGGAGAUGUGUAUGGGUUUGGGAUUGUGCUUCUUGAGAUUGUUACAGGACAAAAGCCGCUUUCGAUUAACAAUGGUGAAGACGGGUUUAAAGGGAGUUUAGUAGAUUGGGUGAGUAAGCAUUUGAGUACUGGUAAAAGCAAAGAUGCGAUUGAUAGAAGCAUAAUCGGUAAAGGAUAUGACGAUGAGAUAAUGCAGUUUUUAAGAAUCGCGUGUAGCUGUGUUGUAUCGAGGCCUAAAGAAAGACCAUUGAUGAUUGAAGUUUAUGAAUCUCUGAAGAAUUUGGGAGAUCAACAUGGUUUAUUCUCUGAGUAUAGCGACGAAUUUCCGCUGAUAUCUAACAAGCAAGAACUUUGA